AUGGCAGACAACUGGACCGAAAGUUUUGCGUCAGCACAGGCGACCCUGAAGGAAGGGAAGUUCUUCGAUGCUGUGCAGCACAUCAACGCCUGCAUGCAAGCCUUCGCGAAGGUUUUGGGUGACGAGUCGGAGAAGAUUUUGAAGGACCCCCCCACGUUCAUCGCCCAGAUGGUUCCGAAGGUCUCGGCGGAGCAGAAAGACACCCUUCGACAAAUGUACGAGCUACGUGGUGAUAUCAUCACGGGCCUGGGCGCACACAAACGUGCAGCCAGUGACUACGAGUGUGCACAGCAAUUGGGGAGCACAGACGGGGCGCUGAAGGAUAAAGUGGCGCAGGUGCAGGCAGCGAUGAAGGCAAAGCCUUCAGAGAGCAAAGUGCCCGUCACGGUACUCACCGGAUUCCUCGGAAGCGGGAAGACGACACUGCUGAAUCGCAUCCUGCACGAGAACCACGGCAAACGCAUAGGCAUCAUCGAGAACGAGUUCGGGGAGGUCGGCAUCGACGACGGCUUGAUUGAGGCCGGCUCCAUCGCGACACAGGAGAACAUCAUCGAGAUGAACAACGGCUGCAUUUGCUGCACCGUCCGAGGCGACCUCAUUGCCGGCCUAAAGAAGAUGAUCAAGAACUCCGUCAAAAACAACAAGCCACUUGACGGUGUCAUCAUCGAAACCACUGGCUUGGCAGAUCCGGCACCCGUCGCCCAGACUUUCUUCGCCGACGACUUCGUGCAGCAGAAGAUGUCCCUGGAUGGUAUCGUGACCCUUGUGGACGCCAAGCACCUGAUUCCACACCUGGAUGAAGAGAAGCCUGAGGGCGUCGAGAACGAGGCUGUGGAACAGUUGGCCUUUGCAGACCGCGUUGUCUUGAACAAGUGUGACCUCGUCGACGAACCCCACUUAGAGGAAGUGGAGAGACGCAUCCGCAUGAUCAACGAGUCGGUGAAGAUCCGCCGCGCCACUCAGAGCAAAGUUGACAUGGACUUCAUUCUCGGCAUCCAGGCCUUCAGCUUGGACAAGAUCCUGGAAAUGGAUGAUGCUUUUUUGGAGGACAACCAAGACCACCAGCAUGAUGACCGUGUGACGUCUGCAGGUUUCCACGUGAAGGGCGAGGUGGAUCAGCAGAAGCUGAAUGAUUGGCUGGGCACGAUUCUUAAGGAGAAAGGGGCAGACCUCUUUCGUACCAAGGGUGUGCUAGCCGUGAAGGGCAUGAAGGAGAAGUUCGUGUUCCAGGCAGUCCACAUGGCCUUUACUGGCUCCCCACAGCGCCCGUGGGGACCUGAUGAGGAGAGAGUCUGCAAGCUGACCUUUAUCGGGAAGAACGUCAACCGAGAGGAGCUUGAGGUCAACUUCCGGAAAUGUCUCGUGGGAGGUACCGGCGGGUACGCCUGA